ACGAGCUGUUUAUAGAGGGACUGAAGACAAUGGGAGAAGUGAAGUCUGAUUUUAAGUGUGUUUCUAUGUCACUUCCACUGUUAGAAACCAGCCUGCAAACAGAUGUGUCCAACACUGAUUAUAAUCUAUUCAAUAGACACUAAGGGGUAACCCAGACUGAGCCAACCAACCGGAAAUUCUGGAAAAAUGUCCUCUUUCCGUCUCUAUUUCACUCUCUCUGUUUCUCCUCUCUGUUUCUGUCUGUCUGUCAGGAGCAGAUGGGUGACGUGGAGAGGAUCAACAAGGAGACAGGGGAGCUGAGCGCUUCGGGGGAGCUAGCUGCCCCCCUGGAUCUGAAGGAGGGGGGGGAGAAGGGGGAGAGAGGUGAAGGACCCCAGACCCAUCCCCUUCUGGUCCUCCGAGAGAUGCUCCAACAGAUGGAGACACACACACACAAGGAUAGUAAGAACACCUCUGGCCAGAAACACACACAUACCCAAAAGGAAACCAUGGACCAAAGCGAGAUAGACACACCCCUCCCCCUCGACCAAAGAGAGGAACACUUGCUCCGAGUCCUGCCUCUCUACAUACAGGUACAGUACUGGGGUAUCCCUGGUCCCAGAUGUGUUUGUGCUAUCUUACCAACUUCUGUGGUUAUUGUCAUGCCAAACGGCCACAGGAGUUGGCUAUAUGUCAUGAACAGAUGUGGGAGCAGGCUAGGUAUCCCCUUGCUAUCUUUCUCUCUAACUACAGGAAAUGGCCAUUAUCAGAUCAUGUUGGUUGACUAUGAUGAUAAUGUCAGCACUUUCUUCUCAACUGAAGUCACUUCUUUACUAUAACCCAAUCAGAGACCCUUUGACAAUGCCUAUAGACAAACUGAUAGGGUUUAUCCUACGAUUUCCUCCCAUAAUAGCAAGUUAAUGACAAUCAUCAUGGCAAGUACUCUCCUUUGGCUGAAUUCCAGCGCUGAUCUCUGUGCCCAUUGAGCAGGCUGCUGUGUGUGUGCAUGCAUGUGCAUGCGCAUUGAUCUGGGUAGGACCAUGGUGAUAACCAUAGCCGCAGGCGUAAGCAGUCUCUGAGUCUUUUCCCCUUGAACUAAAGGAGGGAGUCUUCACGUGUGACUGGUGUGUGUGCGCGUGCACACACAUAGGCCCCAUGAUCUGCGCAGUGGGAUUUCACCAGUAUAUAGGGGCCCAUUCAAACACAUCACCUAUAUCCAUAUCUUCUUACAGGUUACAAUGCAGACACUAUAAAUCUGGUGUUGUGUAUUUGUGUAGUUGGUAUUGCAUGUCUGGUAUUUGUCUAGUUGUUAUUUGGUGUAUCUGAUUCUGCAGUGCAUAAAAAGAGAAACGAAACCUGCAUCUGUGCUUCUGCUAAAUACUCAUUCGUUGCAUCAACUAUUCCAUUCUGCCUCGGUUCAGGUUUUUAACUGUAUCAAUACAUUUACUACAGUAAGACUAUUCACUGUAAAGUAAACUAGCAGCACUCAAUGCUAGCUAAACCUAACUACAGUAACCAUCUCUCUCUCUCUCUCUCUCUCUCUCUCUCUCUCUCUCUCUCUCUCUCUCGCCCUCUCUUUCUACUGUAGGUAUGUGAAAGUGGUGGUGGGACAAAUGAGCUGGAUCUGAGGAGUCUAGCUGCUCUGACUGCAGACACUGUCGUCUCCAACAUCCAUGACAUACUGGCAGAAAAACCUGCAGGUAUUUUAUGGUCAUCAUGCCUUUAGUACGGUUAUGGCAUGACUUCCCUCUGUGUUCUGCUCCACUAGAGUUCUCUUCAGUCAUAUUUCUCUGAUAAGCUUUACUGGGUUACUGCAGGGUAUAAGAAGGCAGUGUGUGCGAGCGUGACUGUUUGUGUGUGACCUUUUUUGCAUCUUAGUACGACCAGACUUUUUUUUUUAGAGAAGUGGAUACUUCUGUUUUUUGUUCUGAACUAUGUCAUAGUGAUGUACUGUAUGUCAUGUUUCUCUGUUAGCUGUGUGUUUCUCUGCUGUACCAGGACCUCUUUACAAAUAACAGUGUCAUGAAGUUAUUGGUUUAAUACUUUAGUAUUUACAUACCAGCACAGUACAGUAACUGUACUAGAGCAACUUUCUAGAAAGUCAACCUAAAUAACAAAACAGAAAGACACCUCAUGCAGAUCUUGAUGUUUGAGACUAGAAAGUGAGAGUAGUUUCAGUGGAUGGUAAAAAUACUAUUAUUAUUUUUACCCUCUGCGUUAGAACAGGCUCUCUGAGAACUCUGUUAGUAAGUAUGCUUUCAGUUUGAAGUUAAGGGUUUCCUUUGUUCAUGUGCCUCUAUCCACUAGGCCCUUCAAGUAGAUCUGAAAGGAAUGGCUAUGUACAGUGUAAGCAAUAUGGUAGUAGCUGCUCUACCUUGCCCUUUGAUAAGCUUCAGUGUCUAAGGUUAGGUGCUAUGGGGUUGUUCCUGGACAGAUUUGUUUCUACGCCUUGGGUGUAUCUGUGAUUCUAACCCCUGUUGUGUGUCUGUAACUGUCCAUCUCUCUCCUAGAGGAGGCUCGCUACGAGGUGCAGCAGUUCUUCCAGAGAAGAGACGAGAGGGACAACACAGAAGAAAUAGACAACAGUGAGAUAGACAGCAGGGAGACAGACAUGACAGAGGAGACAGACAGGAGAGAGUCACACAGCCAGACAACACAGACAGACAAUGCAGGAUGGCUUCUGUUGAAGACUCUGUCUCUCCUGACCGCUACAAACUCUACAGUGAGUGAAGUUAAACAUGUUUGAAUCUAAAGCAUGGCAACCCUGACCCUUUAACAGACUGACUGUGGUUUAACACAAUAUAGUUCACCCCUGUGUACUGUAGUCUGAAGUCCCAGGUAACUGGAAGUGAAACCAUCUGGAAACUCCCAGUGUUGUUUAGUUAAAUUAUGAUUCAGUAUGUGUUAAUUAGUUAUGGGUGGUCCUCUGUAGCUCAGCUGGUAGAGCACGGCGCUUGUAACGCCAGGGUAGUGGGUUCGAUCCCCGGGACCACCCAUACACUAAAAUGUAUGCACGCAUGACUGUAAGUCACUUUGGAUAAAAGCGUCUGCUAAAUGGCAUAUUAUAUUAUAUUAUAUUAUUAUUAUUAUUAUUAUUAAUCAAUCAGAGUUGUUCCAGUGCAUAGGACUUGGCAAGCCCCUCACAGACAGACAACACCUUGGUGGCAUAUUUUUAGGAAGCAAUGCAAUGUCUGUGUUUUUGUUGUUGUCAGUUAUUCACACUCAAAGAACAAGUUUUAAAGGCAAGUCAUAAAAGCUUAUCAGAUUUUCUGUUGCUAGGAAUAAAAGUUCAUUUUUUUUAUUUUAUUUCUGUUUUUUCUCUCUUUAGGAAUUGCUGUCUUCAAUAAGCCAGGUUAUAUUGUGUUCUCUUUCUCUGGGAGGUGAUUUGGUCAGUAAAGUCAGAUUGUUGUGUGUUCUUCUCUAUUUUUAGGACUUGAUGUCUGUAGUAAAGCCAGGUCUGCCGGCAGCCCUGGUGAAGUGUCUCUACCUGCUAGUGUGUCUACCGGCCCGGAAGGAGAGAGCAGCAGUAGAGGAGACCUUUCAAGAACUGUUCAUACAGGUGAGUCCUCUAGUCUAUUUCAGCGGUACCCUCAAGGUUAGAGAGGCUGAUCAGUAAGAGCAUGGUUGUCUGCUCGAAUCCCAGUGCUGAUAGAUAAUAUCAGUCAAUAGUGAACAGUGCUGGCAAUAUAAUCUCAGGUGGUCCAUUGUAGCUCAGUUGGUAGAGCAUGGCACUUACAAUAGUGGGUUUGAUUCCCGGACAAACCAUACGUAAAAAAAGGUAUGCACACAUGACUAAGUUGCUUUGGAUAAAAGCGUCUGCCAAAUGAUGUAUAUUAUUAUUAAAGGGGCCACCUACUGUCAUGUGCCCUUGAGCAAGGCACUUAACCCCUAACCUCCUCUCCCUCCUUAGGUCCUGUUACAGCUGUGCAGUCACCCUUCCAGUGUGGAGGAGAUGGUGGAAACUCAGGAGUUGCAGUGUCUGAUCAUCUCGCUCACAUCACUACAUGACCAGACUAGUGCCCCCUGGAGGCACCAGGCAUCACGUGUCCUCAGAGCUGUCUCUGCUGCUAAGACACCCAAUACCGUCCCCUUCCUACAGGGUGAGCUGAAGUGUAAAAAUUAUAAUUGUAGUAGAUAAUUAGCCUAAUAUAUUCAGUAUUAGUGGCCCAUGCAAGAAUCAAACCCACAAGCUUGUUGUUGCAACCACUGUGCUCAAAACAACAGACAUGGUUCUCAGGUAGGUAUUGAACAGGAGCAUAUAAUUUGAAAAAGAUUAGAUACUAGCUGAACUUUUAUUAAGUAAAAAAACGAAGUGAACGAAAUAUCAAUGCAACCCUGGUGUUUGAUUACAAAAUACAAUUCCUCAAUAGAGAGUGGUAGAGAGUCUGUAUCAGUUUAGCUUAAGUUAUUGGUUGGAUGUUUAUCCCAUCAGUGAUGUGUUCAGAGAGAAACAUCCCAGUAAACCUAAAUUGGUUCUGUGAAGUUCCCAGAACAUUCUUUAGGUUGCGGCAAAUGUUCUCAUAACACAAAAACUGUCCAGUCAUGGUGAUGAUUAUAGAUUGUUUGUAUAAAACAUUCACCUGAUGUUGCAAGAACGUUCCUAGUAAACAUUUAUUUUGUUCUUUAAAGGUUCCCAGAAUGUUUCAUUAGGUUGUGGGAACAGUCUGGUGAGAACAAUGUGGGGACAUCACAAAAGACAUGUUCCCAAAACACAAAAACUGUCCAGUUGGGCAGAUGAUUCUACAAUGUUUCUUUUAGGGUGCAGAAAUACAUUAACGUGAUAUUACAAUAACUUUCCCAGAACACAUUUAGUCUGUUCUUUAAAGGUUCCCAGAAUGUUUCAUUAGGUUGUGGGAACAUCAUGUGGACAUGACGAAAUAUGGUCCCAAAACACAACAAUUAUUACAAUGUUUCUAUUAGGUUGCAAAAAACAUUUGCCUGAUGUUGCAAGAAUAUUCCCAGAACACAUUUUUUUCCUGUCCUUUAAAAGUUCCUAAAACAUUUCUUUAGGUUGUGGGAACAUUCUGGGGAUAUGACAAGAGAGAGGUUCCCAAAACACUAAAACUGUCCAGUUGUGCUGACAUUCAGAUAAUGUUUGUAUCAGGGUGUAAAAAACAUUCCUUUGAUGUUGCAGGAAUGUUGACAGAACAGCCUUUCUGAGUUCUUUAAAGGUUCCCAGAACACAAAAUAUGCUCAGUUGUGAUGACAUUCCUACAAUGUUUAAGUUAGGUUGCACAGGACAUUCUCUUAAUGGUGUAAGAAUGAAAUACGACCGUUUUUAUGCUGUUCAUAGCAUAUUUGUUUUAGGUUUAACAUAAUAUUCCAUUGAUGUUCGCGCAAUAUACUUUUUACCUUGUCUUGGAGGUCCUCAUAACAUUUCAAGAACAUUUAGAAAAUUGUAUAUUUAAGUUUGACCUAAUACAGAUGUAGGAUCAUAAUUUGAUCACUCCUUUGUUGCUGAACAUUUUCCUGCACUACAGGAAAUGCAAACUUGUAGUGUAUUUGAGUUUUAAAAAUGCCUCUAAAGUUUGUAAUUUCCACUUUGACAUUUCUGACUUUAUUUGCCCUAAUGAACCAUUUAUCAACCCCUACAAGAAUGUCCAUUAAUUAUAAUCCACAUAAUAAUUCACAUUUCCUGUUGCUGCAGGAUGAUUUUCCUGCUGUAGCAAACUGUCUCAGAUUAAGAUCCAACAUAUGUAUAACCACAACAUUCUGAGCAUGCGAAUUGGAAUGCAUCCCCAAUUAUGUUUCUCUCUGUAUUUAAUGGCAAUUUGCAUUUGAGGACUGUAUUGUAGGUGAUAUAGGUACACAUGGCAUGUUAAUUUCAUUCGUAGAACAUUUGAAUAGCAUUUAAUCAUACAAAUGCAACCAUAUUUUUUACACUUCAUACAGAUGUCGGAUCUUAAUUUGACCCCUUUCGCUCUUAGAGACUUACCCCAAAAGACUCACAGCUGUAAUUGCCGCCAAAGGUGUGUCUACAAAGUAUUCCCUUUGUCAUUAUGGGGUAUUGUGUGUAGAUGGGUGAGAAAAAAAAAUAUUUAAUCCAUUUUGAAUUCAGGCUGUAACACAACUAAAUGUGGAAUAAGUCAAGGGGUAUGAAUACUUUCUGAAGGCACUGUAUGCUGCACACUUCUGGGCCCAUAUUUACAAGGUAUCCAAGACUGAGUGCUGAUCUAGAUUCACUUUAGCUUUUCAGAUCAUAAAAAGUAAGCCAGGGGGGACCAUUUCAAGCAUCUCAAUGUAGGAAUUAUAUUUGGUGCAUUUUCUAAAGUGGAACAGUACAUUUUUGUUUUUACAGUUAGUCAAAGUUCUGCAUUUUCUGACUGGAUUUAUAAAUCUGAACGAAAUAAAGACAUCCUCUUUUUUAGUAUACACUACAUGACCAAAGGUAUGUGUACAGCUGCUCGUCAAACAUCUCAUUCCAAAAUCAUGAGAUGUUUAUAUAUAUAACAGCCUCCACUCUUCUGGGAAGGCUUUCCACUAGAUGUUGGAACAUUGCUGUGGGGACUUGCUUCCAUUCCGCCACAAGAGCAUUAGUGAGGUCAGACACUGAUGUUGGGUGAUUAGGCCUGGCUCGCAGUCGGCGUUCCCAUUCAUCCCAAAGGUGUUCGAUGGAGUUGAGGUCAGGGCUCUGUGCAGGGCAGUCAAGUUCUUCCACAUCGAUCUCGACAAACCAUUUCUGUAUUGACCUCGCAUUGUGCACGGGGGCAUUGUCAUGCUGAAACAUGAAAGGGCCUUCCCCAAACUGUUCAUUCUUAAAUGGAAGAAGUUUGGAACCACCAAGACCCUUCCUAGAGCUGGCCGCCCGGCCAAACUGCGCAAUCGGGGGAGAAGGGCCUUGGUCAGGGAACUGUCAAAGAACCCGAUGGUCACUCUGACAGAGCUCUAGAGUUCCUCUGUGGAGAUGGGAGAACCUUCCAGGAGGACAACCAUCUCUGCAGCACUCCACCAAUCAGGCCUUUAUGGUAGAGUGGCCAGACAGAAGCCACUCCUCAGUAAAAGGCACAUGACAGCCCGCUUGGAGUUUGCCAAAAGGCACCUAAAGGUCUCUCUGACCAUGAGAAACAAGAUUCUCUGGUCUGAUGAAACCAAGAUUGAACUGUUUGGCCUGAAUGCCAAUUGUCACGUCUGGAGGAAACCUGGCACCAUCCCUACGGUGAAGCAUGGUGGUGGCAGCAUCAUGCUGUGGGGUUGUUUUUCAGCAGCAGGGAUUGGGAGACUAGUCAGGAUCGAGGGAAAUAUGAACGGAGUAAAGUACAGAGAGAUCCUUGAUGCAAACCUGUUCUAGAUCAUUCAGGACCUCAGACUGGGGCGAAGGUUUACCUUCCAACAGGACAACGACCCUAAGCACACAGCCAAGACAACGCAGGAGUGGCUUCGGGACAUGUCUCUGAAUGUCCUUGAGUGGCCCAGCCAGAGCCCGGACUUGAACCCGAUCAAACUUCUCUGGAGAGACCUGAAAAUAGCUCUGCAGUAAUGCUCCCCAUUCAACCUGAUAGAGCUUGAGAGGAUAAAAAUGGGAAAAACUCCCCAAAUACAGGUGUGCCAAGCUUGUAGCGUCAUACCCAAGAAGACUCGAGGCUGUAAUCGCUGCCAAAGGUGCUUCAACAAAGUACUGAGUAAAGGGUCUGAAUACUUAUGUAAAUGUGUAUUUCUGUUUUAUAUUAUGAUAAAUUAGCAAACAUUUCUAAUAACCUGUUUUUGCUUUGUCAUUAUGGGGUAUUGUAUGUAGAUUGUUGAGUAAAAACAUUAUUUUAUCAAUUUUAGAAUAUGGCUGUAACUUAACAAAAUUUAGAAAAAGGGAAGGGGUCUGAAUAAUUCCCGAAUGUGUAUUUUUCCAUGAAUAUUUCUUCAUGCAAUUAAUCCUUUACAAUAGUUUAUGCACUAUUUAUCAAGCAUAUAUCAAGCCCAUCAGGACAUGGAGCACAUUUUCGGAGUUAUUAAAAUGUUGCCAUCGUCUUUAUAUGCUGUGUACUUGUAACACUGUAUUUUAUUAUUUUCUUUCUUCAUCACGUGUUGAAAGUCUAAUAAUGUGAUUUUGAAAUUGAGAAAAGGUCAAAUAGUUUUCUUACUUUUACUGAACAAAAAUAUAAACACAACAUGCAAGAACUUCUAAGAUUUUACUGAGUUACAGUUCAUAAAAGGAAAUCAGUCAGGCCCUAAUCUAUGGAUUUCACAUGACUGGGAAUACAGAUAUGCAUCUGUUGGUCACAGAUACCUUAUAAAAAGGUAGGGGCGUGGAUAAGAAAACCAGUCAUUAUCUGGUGUGACCAUAAUUUGCCUCAUGCAGCAUGACACAUCUCCUUCGCAUAGAGUUGAUUGUGGCCUGUGGAAUGUUGUUCUACUCCUCUUCAAUGGCUUUGCGAAGUUGCUGGAUAUUGGGGGGAAAUGGAACACGCUGUCGUACAUGUCGAUCCAGAGCAUUCCAAACAUGCUCAAUGGGUGACAUGUCUGGUGAGUAUGCAGGCCACGGACAUUUUCAGCUUCCAGGAAGCUGGGACAUUUUCAGCUUCCAGGAAUUGUGUACAGAUCCUUGCGACAUGGGGCCAUGCAUUACCAUGCUGAAACAUGAGGUGAUGGCGGUGGAUGAAUGGAAGACAUUGGUCCUCAGGAUCUCAUCAUGGUAACUCUGUGCAUUCAAAUUGCCAUCGAUAAAUGCAAUUAUGUUUGUUGUCCGUAGCUUAUUCCUGCCAAUACCAUAACCCCAUCACCACCAUGGGGCACUCUGUUCACAACAUUGACAUCAGCAAACUGCUCGCCCACACAACGCCAUACAUGUGCUCUGCGGUUAUGAGGCCGGUUGGACGUACUGCCAAAUUCUCUAAAACAACGUUGGAGGCGGCUUAUGGUAGAGAAAUGAACAUUCAAUUAUCUAGCAACAGCUCUGGUGGACAUUCCUGCAGUCAGCAUGCCAAUUGCACACUCCCUCAAAACUUGAUACAUCUGUUGCGUUGUGUUGUAUGACAAAACUGCACAUUUUAGAGUGCCUUUUAUUGUCUUCAGCACAAGCUUCACCUGUGUAAUUAAUCAGCUUCUUGAUAUGCCACACCUGUCAGGUGGAUGGAUUAUCUUGGCAAAGGAGAAAUGCACAAUAACAGGGAUGUAAACAUAUUUGUGCUCAAAAUUUGAGAGAAAUACGCUUUUUGGGCGUAUGGAAAAUAUCUGGGAUCUUUUAUUUCAGCUCAUGAAACAUGGGACCAACACUUUACAUGUUGCUUUUAUAUUUUUGUUCGGUGUAGUUUGAAGGUUAUGAGCCUGUUUUUAAGAAGCAUAUGAAUACACAAUAAUAUACGUUAUUUAAAGGAAGUUCUCUCCUUAUUUCAUAAGGCUUUCAACAUAUGGUGAAGAUAGAAAAUCAUAAAAUACAGUGUUACAAGUACACAGCAUCUGAAGUGGAAAGGAACAUUUUAAUAACUCAGAAAUUGUGUUCUGUGCCCACAUUUACCAUAUUUGACUGGGAAAAGCACAAGGCCACAGCUAUCCUCUGGUGACGCAGAGGGUUCAUGAUCUGGCAGCAGAUCCGAAGAUUGCAGGUUCAAUCCAAUAUUUUCUUUAACAAUGUUUAUAAAAAAAAAAAAAAAAAAUUGAGGUUCAGAUAUACUCUACUAAAAGAGAGGCUGUCUUUAUUUCGUCCAGAUGUGUAAAUCCAGUCAGAAAUGCAGUGGUGGAAAAAGUACCCAAUUGUCAUACUUGAGUAAAAGUAAAGAUACUUGAAUAGAAAAUCAUUCAAGGAAUUUAGUGAAGUAAAAGUAAAAGUUGUCAAAAAUAUAAAUAUUAAAGUACAGGUACCCACAAAAAAACUACUUAAGUAGUACUUUAAAGUAUUUUUACUUAAGUACUUUACACCACUUCAGAAAUGCAGAAUGCAGAAACUAUAAAAAAUAAAACAUUGUGUAAAAAUGUACUCUUUAACCUUAAAAAACGCACCCUAUAUAAUUCCUACUUUGAGAUGCUUGAUAUGGUCCCCCCUGGCUUAUUUUUCAUGAUCUGAAAAGCAAUUGUGAUCAGAAAUCAGCACUCAUAGUCUUGGAUACCUUGUAAAUAUGGGCCCAGAAGUACCUAGCACAUAAAGAGGAUAAGUGAAGUGAUUGAUGGUGAAUAACCUAGUUACCAGUAUUUCGCUGGAAUUGUUAUGUCUAAGAAGGCUAAAAAGGAAGCAUAGAAUUCCUGAUUGACCAUACUGCCAUGGCUAUAUACUGAUAAAAGAAGAUGCAAGAGCGCUUUCCUGGUGGCGCAGAGAACAAAAGACCUGGUUAAACAUUGCAGGUUCAAACCCCAAAUGUGCAAAAUAUGGUUGUGUUUGUAUGAAUAAAUUAUUUUCAAAUGUCCUAUUAAUUAAAUAAUGUGCAGGUUAUCAACAUAUGAAGUGUAAAAAUAUGGUUGUGUUUGUAUGAUUAAAUUAUUUUCAAAUAUCCUAUUAAUUAAAUAAUGUGCAGGUUAUCAACAUAUGAAGUGUAAAAAUAUGGUUGUGUUUGUAUGAUUAAAUGCUGUUCAAAUGUCCUAUCAAUGAAAUUAAAAUGCCAUGUGUCUCUAUAUCACCUACAAUACAGUCCUCAAAUGCAAAUAGAAAUACAUCUGGAGAGAAUAAUUAUGGGGAUGUAUUCCAAUCUGCUUUCUUAUGCUUUAAUUUGCAUGCAGAGAAUGUUGUGGUAAUAUUAGGUAAAACGUAAAUAUACAAUUUUCUAAAUGUUCUUGAAAUGUUCUGAGGACCUCCAAGACAAGGUAAAAUGUAUAUUGCGUGAACAUCAAUGGAAUAUUAUGUUAAACCUAAAACAAAUAUGCUAUGAACAUCAUAAAAACUGACAUUUCAUUCUUACAACAUUAAGGGAAUGUCCUGUGAAACCUAACUUAAACAUUGUACGAAUGUCAUCACAACUGAGCAUAUUCUGUGUUUUGGGAACCCAUCUCUUGUAAUGUACCCACACUGUUCCUACAACUACAUGUUCUGGGAACCUUUAAAGAACUCAGAAAGGCUGUUCUGUCAACAUUCUUGCAACAUCAAAGGCAUGUUUUGUUCAACCUGAUACAAACAUUAUCUGAAUGUCAACACAACUGGACAGUUUUUGUGUUUUGGAAAUAUACCUCUUGUCACGUCCCCACAAUGUUACCACAACCUAAUGAAACAUUCUGGGAACCUUUUAAAGAAUAGACUAAAUGUGUUAUGGGAACAUUCUUGUAACAUCAGGUGAAUGUUUUUUGCACCUUGAGUGUCUGAAUGUAACCCAUACAAACGGAUGGAAGUAUGGAGGUAGUUUUGUGCCAAUCAAAAUAAGGGGUUAAAUAGGUGUCCAAAAAAACAAAAAUAUUUCCUGAGCGUUCUUAUAUCUCCUAGAUAUAGGACAGACACUUCAAAACCUUAUUCCUUAUGAUUUAUUUUUUGACUGUCUUUUUUUGCCAUUUAUGAAUGUGUUAUUCAGUGCUAUGGGCUAUAGUAGUAAAGGACAAAUUCAAUAUUUUAUCAAAUAAUAACACAUACAAAAAAAAUAGAUACCUAAAGGGGUCCUAAAAUUCAAAUAGCAAAAUGAUCCAUAGUAUGACCAUCUUAGCUUAGACCAGGGGUGUCAAACGUACGGCCCGCGGGCCGGAUCAGGCCCGCAAACGGGUUUAAUCCGGCCCGCGAGAUGAUUUAAAAAAAAAAAAAAAAAAAAAAAAAAGUAUAUAUAUAUAUAUAUAUAUAUAUAUAUAUUUUUUUUUUUUGUUGUAAAGCAUAAAAAUGCGCUGCAAUUUUUCAAUAAAAUAAACUGCUGUUCCAAUUGCGUCCACUGGAUGGCGCAAUAGCAAUUGUGUUAAGCAAGCAAAUUGUCUAUACCGGGGCAGAGCAAGUAGGUCAAGCACGUGCAGCCAAUGAGCUACUUUGUUUUGCCCGCGAUAUUUAUUACGGCUUCUACUUUUAACAUUAUGUGCUUUGGCACCCUCAUUGCCCCAAUAUGUCUCUGUCAAAAAAGAGAAAAGUGGACGCAGAGUGUUCCAAGAAAAAUGGUCAUCCUAUUUAUUCACGGAAUUGAAUGGGAAAGCUGUAUGUUUUGUGUGUUCAGAGCAUGUUGCAGUGCUGAAAGAAUAUAACCUUCGUCGCCACUAUGUGAGUCUUCAUGCCGACAAAUAUGACAACUUUCAAGGACAGCGGAGAUGAGAGAAGGUGAAUGAACUGUUGGCGGGUCUGAAGAAACAGCAGUCUGUGUUUACUCACAGCCGAGACAUCAGUGACGCUGCAGUGAAAGCUAGCUACCUCAUUGCUAAUGAAAUCGCAGUGGCUUCAAAACCAUUUAGUGAGGGUGAAUUUGUAAAAACAUGCAUGAUGAAGGCAGCGGAGAUUGUGUGCCCUGAAAAGCGGCAGGCUUUUGCAAAUAUCAGCCUGACAAGAAACACAGUUGCAGACAGGAUUUCCGAUCUUUCAGUGGAUUUGGACAGCCAGUUGAAGCAAAAAGUAAAGUUAUUUAUUGCGUUUUCGGUUGCAAUUGAUGAAAGCACGGACAUUACAGAUGUUGCACAACUGGCCAUUUUCAUCCGCGGAGUUGAUGACACAUUGACCGUCACAGAGGAGUUCGUGGAGUUGGUGCCGAUGACAGAUACAACGACAGCAGCUGAUAUUUUUACCGCACUCGUCGGCGCGCUGGACAGGGUCGGAGUGGACUGGUCCCGCGCUGUCAGCCUGGCUACAGAUGGUGCGCCCUCAAUGAUCGGGAAAAAAGCAGGCGUUGUGACAAAGUUCAGAGAGAAAGUGCAAUCUGCAAAUGGAGGACGUGAUUUUUUGACUUUUCACUGUAUUUUGCACCAGGAGGCUUUGUGUUGCAAGUCAUUAAAGAUGGAUAACGUCAUGAAGGUGGUCAUCCAAACUGUUCAUUUCAUCCGAUCCAGAAGCCUGAAUCACCGUCAGUUUGACAGCCUUCUCAGAGAGAAAGACCACAUCUAUGGCCUGCCAUACCACACUGAGGUAAGAUGGUUAAGCCGAGGUGCUGUGCUGAGGCGUUUCUUUGAUUUACGAGAAGAAAUUGAACAGUUCAUGGAAGAAAAGGGCAAACCAGUGUUAGAAUUUCAUUCCGCAGAAUGGAUGCAGGACCUUGCAUUUAUGGUGGAUGUUACAGAGCACCUGAAUAACUUGAACAAACAGCUGCAAGGGCGCAACAAAGUUGUCACGCAGUAUUAUGACAGCAUACGUUCUUUCAAGUUGAAGCUGUCAUUGUGGGAGACGCAACUUGCCGGUGGUGAUGCAGCUCACUUCCCCUGUCUGAAAAAUGUGUGCGCGACCCAACAUGUGGCAGACAUGAAGCGGUUCAAAGAUAAAAUAACGGGACUAUUACGGGAGUUUGAGCAACGCUUUCAGAUUUAUGUUUAUGUUUUUAUGUUGAUGUGCUAUUGUUUUUAAUUGAUUUUUAUUUGUAUAUUUAACCUAUUCUUGACUCUGUGGUUCUUGCACUUGUUUGGGGAACAGGAUUUCAUUAUUUUUAUCUACAUUUCUGACUGAGAAAUGACACCCUGAUAUAGUUCUGUGAUCUGUGAAACAGUUCUGUUAAUCACUGAGGCAUUGUGUGUUUGUGUGUUCUUUUUCUUUAGAAUUUUCAAAUAAACUUGACGUGUUUUAUGAUUAAUAGUGAUGUUGUGCUUGUACUAUUUUGGACACACUGUCCUCAGGCUCCAGCUUUAUGUUGUAUGUUGAUCGUAUUAAAACAAAGAAAACAAUCUGAAGUUGUUGUUUUUAAGUUAUAUAUACCAUUAUUUUUCCGGUCCGGCCCACUUGGGAAUAGAUUUUCCUCCAUGUGGCCCCUGAGCUAAAAUGAGUUUGACACCCCUGGCUUAGACGGCUUAGACUUUUAAAGGUUAAUUGUGUUAUAGGAACGUUCUUGCAACAUCAGGCGAUUGUUUUAUACAAACAUUCUAUAAUCAUCACCACAUGGACAGUUUUUGUGUUAUGAGAACAUUUGCUGCGACCUAACGAAUGUUCUAGGAACUUUCACAGAACCAAUUUUGGUUUUCUGGUAAAACAUUACUGGUACAUUGUGUUAUUACGUUACCUGGAAACCUAAUGAGAACUUUUGAGGAAUGUUCUGUGGUUGGUUGUUGGAUAAAAAAAUACUUGACGGGAAUCUUAGCUAAUGUUAUAGGAAUGUUCCCGGUUUGCUGGGAUUCAGUAAUCACCAGAACAUUAAGACCACUAACCUUAUUGAUAGGAUGAUUUUCCUAUCUCAGGAAUGUGGGUAGAGAUAAGCAGCAGUCACCAGAGCCCCUGGUCUCAUGACAAACACAAAAGUAGACAUUCACAUGAUAUCCACUCAGACCUCAUUAUCUACUUAGCUGUUCCCAUACACAGCCCAGAGCACAAAACAUGACUGUUGUCUGGUUUGUUUUGGUGAUCGUUAUCAGUUUGUUUUGGUCAUGGAGGACAUAUGUAAGGGAUUAUACCAUGGCUAUAAUUGAACACAGUUCCCACAAGAAAUAUGUUCAUUUGCAGGUAGAAAUGUGUUCAACAUCUACUGAAGUAGCUAGCAAGUUUACUAGAUACAGUAACUACAGUAGUUGCCUUGGUAACCAAACAAACAGACUUGCUAGUUUAGCUAACCAAACCAUCAGUCUUAGCUUGCUAUUAUGAACAUCGAAUUCAACAAUGUCAAUAAUGUUUACAAUUCGACUUUUGCUUUCAAAAGCAGCUCAAACAUUGAACAUGUAAGAUUGAAAUAGCCAUUGAAUUCUACCGUGCUGAUAUACCAUCCGUAAUAGGGAAAUAAUGCACGCUCUAGAAUGCCCUUCAAGCCAAUCAGAAAUGAGUAAUUAACAAUGCCAAGGUUUAAAAUAAUACUGUGCUAGUGUUUUAUUUAAUACUGUGGUUUUGGUGAUGAGCAGUUUGCUUUGGUGAUGAUUAUCAGUUCGUUUUGAUGAUGGUAGAGGCAUUCAGGCAAUUUGCCUGGCGUGUAUUUUUAUGGUUAAUUACUUGAAUUACUCAAUGCAUGAUUCAUUGACCCUGUAACCCCUUCUCUCUCUCUCUCUCUCUCUCUCUCUCUCUCUCUCUCUCUCUCUCUCUCUCUCUCUCUCUCUCUCUCUCUCUCUCUCUCUCUCUCUCUCUCUCUCUCUCUCUCUCUCUCUCUCUCAUUCAUAUAUAUAUCUUCUAUUUCUCCACUCUCUCCUCAGCUAAGAACUGUGUGCGUAUCUGUAUUCAGAACCUGCAGCGAAUCAGUGAUCGUGCCCCAGCUCCAGUCCUAGCUGAGGUGGCUGUCACAGUGUUUAGCUUCAUCAGAGACUCCUACCAGCUCAACCCUGCUCUGUUCACCGAGCUUGAAAAUAACGAUGGAUACACUGUCUUACAGGCCAUCAUGACCCGGUAAGUUAGAGAGAGGGAGAUGGGGGGGGAAGGGAAUUGAGGGAGGGAGAGAGGGUGAGGAAGGAUGAUGGUGAGGGAGAGAAAGGGAGUGGUUGAGGGUGGGAGAGAGAUAAUGUUUUUCAGUAUCAAGAGGGGGAGGGAGAGAGAGGGACAGACUGAAAACAUCUGUCUUUCAUGAAAGCAUCAGUAGGGGAACCUAUCCAGAUUUCUUGGAAAUAAGGCUUCCAGGAAUAAAGUUGUGUGCAACAGACUUAAUGUAAUUUGAUGUCUUUUUGGGUUAAAGCCAAUUCUGCCCACAACAAAAUGCUAUUUCUGUCUCUGCAGUUUGUCUGCUUACAGAUAUAUGGCUACAAAUAAUAUUUUCUCUUUCACUUUACAUCUAGACCCUUGACUGUGUUUCUUUCACCCUCUCUCUAUACCAUUAAUUCCCAAAUUUUCCCAAUGGUAGGUGUGAGGAGGGUGUGCCUGCGGACGAGUUUGGCCCAGUAGAGGACCUGUUGUCUUUGCUAGCAUCUUUGUGUCUGUUUGGGAGGUCAGAGCUGAAGGUUGCUCUCUGUGUCACAAACCCUCAGCCACCUGGCUUCAAGUUUGACCCCUCACUCACCACAGGUAAGAAAACACUUCCUUCUAUUCUCCCCCCUCCCGCCUCCCUUUCCCCCACACUUUAAGAACAAAUGGAGGUGGGACACUGGGAAACCUUGUGUAUCUCCCACCCCUCUACCCCUUCCCGCACCCUUCCCUUGUACUCCCCAAACAGCCCCCUGCACCUCUCCCUACAGUCCCCCUCUCCCCUCCCUUGCCCCACCUCUCAGGUUAACAGGAGCCAUGAGGUGAUUAUGUUUAAGAUGAUGAAGUGAAGUCUGCUGUCCUAACUCUGUUAACAGACACACUGCAUUCAUAAAACACCACCGCACAGAGGCUACCCAUCUAUCACGUGCACACACACACAGAUACCUCCAUGUGUGUGUGCGCGCGCACACACACACAGACACAUACAGAGCCCCACUAUCACCUACAGGAGCACCUCUUUCACCAGCGUUGAGACGAGUGUUUUAGGAUGAUCUUAUUUGUCUGUGAUGUGAUUUUCAUUACAGGUGAAAAUGAAUCUUAUUACAAACCACUUAUAUAUUUAUUUACCACAAACAUAUCCACGUUCCCGCUCCUAAAUCUAAGACCAUCUCGGAAUAUUCUGACAAGGCUGUGCUUCCAAACUUUAUCAGUGCGGAUAAUUAUGUUUUCCCAAUGUUUUUAUGCAACUUACCAUAUUUGUUUUCUAUCAAUCUAUGUGAGCGUAACGCGAUUCCCUUGGUUAUUUUCUCCUGUUUAGGUUGUAGGUUGUUUGUGGUUCAACCAUCAUUCCUCUAUGGAAUUGACUCUCUGACCUUGCCUGAGCAAAAUAUGAUAAAUGGUUCCUUAACUAAAACAUAACUUUGCUUAAAUUGACCUCUGAGUAUGCCAUAAUAUUAUUUUCACAUUGAUAUUACUUUGUCAGCUGCAUGAGAAUGUAUUUCUGGUCCCCUUCUCAAAGUCAACAUCAAACACAAAACAAACAUAUUUUUCCAGGUAGGGAUAUUGGUCAUAGACACUAUAACUGACCAGCCCAGCCAGUGUUUUGCUAUGCGAAACAAAGCCUCUUUGACUGAACCUAUUUCUAGUUUCUGUCUCUCCUCUGCUAGAUAGGGGAAACACUGCUCCUAGCUUAUUACACUUUUACAUCUCUGUCUCUAGCUGAGCCUAGUUAACCAUCUGCUUCAGGCUUUGUCUCCUUGUGUCAUAAGAUGCACUGCAGAGGGUCUGCACAAAAAUAUUUGCCUAUGAUGUGUUCUCAGUUCUGAGCAGAUUACAGGAAGGAGCUGAUGAGAGGAUUAAGGCACUUAGUACAACUGAGAUUCCCGCAAUAAUGUAUCCUUUUUUCACUAAUCUUUAACCCCUGUCCUUCCAGGCUCUGCGGUAAGGAACCUAUCAGCAUUCCGUUUGCUCCAGGGUUCCUUCCAGCGGUCGGAGGACUGUGUUUUCUGCAGCCAGAUCCUAAGCACCAUCAGGACUGUGUGGUCAUGGAACAGGGCCAACUUCUUCCUGUUAGAGUGGACUGUUCAAUCGCUGGCUCAGCUAGCUCAGUGUGUUUCGAAGAAACCGCCUCCUGUACACAGACUGUUCUUCUCCAUGUUAGAGAUGGUGGGUUGAGUGACACAUGCACGUGCGGGCAAGCAGGCACAUACACACACACGCGCGCACACAAGCACACACACACUUGCAUGCACACAAGAUAUCUACACUUGUUACGUACAUACACAAAAAAUCCGUAACAGAUUCUGUCAAUGUCCAGUCAUUCAAGAAAGCUAUCCCCUUAACAAGCUCUACAUUUAUAGUUCUCCAUCCAUGACUCCAUAUGUCCAUUAUGUUUAAUUAAUUCAGCAAUUGAUAAUUUGGUGAAAUGCUUAUCUGUUGAUUCACCACUAUUGACUGAACGAUCCCGUUAAUGUGUCUGUCCAGGUGGCGUUCCAUCUUAACUACAUCCCCCACGAGGCUAUGCGUGCGGUGCAGGCUGUGCUGAAGCAGGACUGGGCAGGGGCCGUGGCCGGAGGGGCACAGUUUGGAGUGGCUGCCCUCGGCUGCUUCCACAGGUUUAAAUUAAGGAAUAAACUUUAUUGAUCUCCAGAGGUUAAAUUGGAUUCGUCCCCAGCAUAAGACAAAUGUAUUAUUUUAUAAAUGACUCUAUGACUGGGAUGAUACAAUAUACACUCAGUGGCCAGUUUAUUAGGUACACCCAUCUAGUGCCGGGUCAGACCCCCCUUUGUCUCCAGAACAGCCUGAAUUCUUCGGGCGUGGAUUCUACAAGUUGUGGCGUUCAAACGUUGCUCAAUUGGUAUCAAGGGACCUAACGUGUGCAUUCCCCACAUCAUUACGCCCACCAGCCUGUACCGUUGACACCAGGCAGGAUGGGGCCAUGGACUCAUGCUGCUUACGUCAAAUCCUGACUCUGCCAUCAGCAUGACGCAACAGGAACCAGGAUUCGUCGGACCUGGCAAUGAUUUUCCACUCCUCAAUUGUCCAGUGUUGGUGAUCGCGUGCCCACUGGAGCCGCUUCUUCUUGUUUUUAGCUGAUAGGAGUGAAACCUGGUGUGGUCGUCUGCUGUAAUAGCCCAUCCGUGACAAGGACCGAUGAGUUGUGCGUUCCGAGAUGCCGUUCUGCACACCACUGUUGUACUGCGCUGUUAUUUGCCUGUUUGUGGCCCGCCUGUUAGCUUGCAUGAGUCUUGCCAUUCUCCUUCGACCUCUCUCAUCAACAAUCUGUUUUCGCCCACAGGACUGCCGCUGACUGGAUGUUUUUUGUUUGUUGCACCAUUCUCGGUAAACCCUAGACACUGUCGUGCAUGAAAAGUCCAGGAGGCCAGACGUUUCUGAGAUACUGGAACCGGUGCGCCUGGCACGGGCGAUCAUACCAUGCUCAAAGUCACUUAGGUCACUCAUUUUGCUCAUUUUAACGUUCAAUCGAACAGUAACUGAAUGCCUUGAUGCCUGUCUGCCUGCUUUAUAUAGCAAGCCAUGGCCAUGUGACUCACUGUCUGUAGGAGUAAGCCAUUUUAGUGAAUGGGGUGGUGUACCUAACAAACUAUAUUUCUAGCACUUUUUUACACAAUACAGUGCAUUCAGAAAGUAUUCAGACCCCUUGACUUUUUCCACAUUUUGUUACAGCCUUGUUUUAAAUAGUUGUUUUUCUCAUCAAUCUACAUACAAUACCCCAUAAUGACAAAACAAAAGCAGGUUUUUAGAAAUGUUUGCUAAAAAACAAUUUUACCAAAAAAAAAACACAUUUACGUAACUAUUCAGACACUUUAUUCAGUACUUUGUUGAAGCACCUUUGCUAGCGAUUACAGCCUCGAGUCUUCUUGGGUAUGAUGCUAAAAGCUUGGCACACCUUUAUUUGAGAAGCUUCUUCCAUUCUUCUCUGCAGAUCCUCUCAAGCUCUGUCAGGUUGGAUGGGGAGUGUCGAUGCACAGCUAUUUUCAGGUCUAUCCAGAGAUGUUAGAUCGGGUUCAAGUCCAGGCUCUGGCUGGGCCACUCAAGUACAUUCAGAGACUUGUCCCGAAGCCUCUCCUGUGUUGUCUUGAAUGUGUGCUUAGGGUCGUUGUCCUGUUGGAAGGUGAACUGUCGUCCCAGUCUGAGGUCCUGAUCACUCUGGAGCAGGUUUUCAUCAAGGAUCUCUUUACUUUGCUCUGUUAAUCUUUCCCUCGAUCCUGACUAGUCUCCGCUGAAAAACAACCCCACAGCAUGAUGCCGUCACCACCAUGCUUCACCGUAGGGAUGGUGCCAGGUUUCUUCAAACUUGGAUUCAUCAGACUAGAGACUUGUUUCUCAUGGUCUGAGAGUCCUUUAGGUGCCUUUUGGCAAACUCCAAGCAGGCUGUCAUGUGCCUUUUUACUGAGGAGUGGCUUCCGUCUGGCCACUCUACCAUAAAGGCCUGAUUGGUGGAGUGCUGCAGAAAUGGUUGUCCUUCUGGAAGGUUCUCCCAUCUCCACAGAGCACCUCUGGAGCUCUGUCAGAGUAACCAUCGGGUACUUGGUCACCUCCUUGACGAAGUCCCUUCUCCCCCGAUUGGUCAGUUUGGCCAGUAUGCCAGCUCUUGGAAGAGUCUUGGUGGUUCCAAACUUCUUCCAUUUAAGAAUGAUGGAGGCCACCGUGUUCUUGGGGACCUUCAUUGCUGCAGAAAUGUUUUGGUACCCUGCUUUGUCAUUAUGGGGUAUUGUGUGUAGAUUGAUGAGGGAAAAAAAUGAUUUAAUCCAUUUUAGUAACGUCGACACAGGGAGUCAGGAAGCAGUUGCAGUUAGUGAGUUCAAUAUGAGGGGAUGGCAUGAGCCAGGUGACCAGGAUCCAUCGGCCUGAUGAGGGAAACAUGAAAAGAUGGUGAGAUCCGGUAGUUAGUGGUAGUUAGUGGGGAGUUGUAAUCUGUAAAUUACCUUGUUGACCUUCCGGAGGACCUUGAACGGCCCCACAAACCGGGGACUCAGCUUCUUACAGGGUAGGCGGAGUGGGAGGUUCCUGGUGGAGAGCCAGACGCGAUCACCAGGAUGGAACAUGGGAGCCUCACUGCGGUGGUGAUCCGCCUACUCUUUCUGACGACGGAUGGCGGACUGGAGUCUCACAUGGGCAUCGUUCCAUACCUCUUCUGCGCGGCUGAACAACUCAUCCACCGCAGGAGCUUCGGUCUGGCUCAGAGUCCACGGAGCCAUGGCCGGCUGAUAACCCAGAACACACUGGAAGGGAGUCAGCUCGGUGUAGGAGUGUCGCAAUGAAUUCUGGGCGUAUUCAGCCCAAGGAAGGAAUCGGGCCCACUCCCCCUGUCGGUCCUGGCAGUGACUCCUCAGGAACUUCCCCAGCUCCUGGUUCAUCCUCUCCACCUGCCCGUUAGAUUGAGGCCAGUUCCCGGAGGUGAGGCUGACCGUGACCCCCAGCUUCUCCAUGAAAGCCUUCCAUACACGUGAUGUGAAUUGGGGGCCACGAUUGGAGACGAUAUCCUCCGGAAGGCCAUAGUCCCAGAAGACCUGCUAGAACAGUGUCUCAGCAACCUGGAGAGCGGUAGGGAGACCAGAGAGAGGGAGGAAACGGCAUGAUUUUGAGAAUCUGUCCAGAACCACCAAAAUCGUGGUGAACCUAUCAGAGGAGGGGAGAUCAGUGACGAAAUCAAUGGCUAGAUGAGACCAGCGAUGCUGCGGCACGGGAAAGGGAAUUAGUUUUUCUGCUGGAGCGUGCAGGGGAGAUUUAGAUGAAGUACAUACUGAACAUGAGUUGACAUAGUGUGCAACGUCCUGCGCCAAAGUUAGCCACCAGUAUGUCCCAGAAAGGGAUUGAGUGGUGCGGUUAAUACCUGGGUGUCCAGCGGCGAGGGAUGUGUGUGCCCAGGUCAGCAACCGAUCUCUGACCCCCGUGGGGACGUAGUUCUCUCUCCAGAGCCUGGUUGAUGUCCACAUCUAUGUCCCAAAACAUGGGGCCAACGAUACGGGAGGCCGAUUGAUGGGGCGACCGACACUCACAGGGCCCUCCACCGAUGUGGGAAUCACAGGGUGCGAGAAAGCAGGUCCGCCGACAUCCUGGUCCCCAGGCAGUAAUCUUCUUCUCUGACCAGGAGAUGGUGGGAUUAUGGAGUUGGAGCCACGGGAGGCCAAGGAUGACUUUGUGCAUGGGUGCGGAGGUGGUGAGGAAGGAAAGGCUUUCCUGGUGCUUGGGUCCCACUGUGAGGGUGAUUGGAGCUGUGAUGUGCGUAAUAGUGCCUUAUCCCAAUGGUCGCAUAUCCAACACUUGGACCAGAAACGGAGAGGAGAGCGGGUAUGAGGUGAUGUACAGGGAGGAGGCAAGGGCCUGGUCAAUAAAAUUCUCUGCGGCACUGGAAUCCACUAGAUCUGCAGAAACAAUAGAUGAGGGACAGCCAGCUAGUGAAAUCGAUACUAAUAACGUUUUGGCGGAAAGUGAUGAUGGAGUACUCACGCCUAACCCAGGAGACGGAUGAUCACGGGGCCGUCCCUCUGCUCUCGUGCAUUCCGGGUUGGGACGUACCGAACACCAUUGAAGCUGGUGCCCCUCCUGUCCGCAAUAGGGACAGAGCCCUAACUGUCUCCGACGGCGUCGCUCAGCCGCAGGGAGGCGUGUGGCCUCUACCUCCAUGGGUUCAGGCUCUGACUCAGAACGGUCAACGAAGGAGGGAGAGAGGCGAUGGGGGUGCCGACGCUCCCGAAGAAGGUUAUCCAGAUGGAUGGCCAUCGCGAUGAGUGUGUCCAAGGUUAGACUGUCAUCUCGGUACGCCAACUCCGUCUGGACCUCUUUGCACAAUCCUCUUCUGAAUAGGGUGCACAGCGCCGGCUUGUUCCAUCCGCUGGAUGCUGCCACUGUCCGAAAGGUGAGCGUGUACUCCGCUGUGGUCUGGAUAUCCUGCCGUAGUUGGAGUAGGCGCUCACCCCCCUCUCUGCCCUCCAGUGGAUGGUAGAAGACCUCCCUGAACAGAGCCAUGAACCCGUCAUAGGAACCCAUCUCCUCCUCUCCUCUCUCCCAGACGGCCGUAGCCCACUCCAACGCCCAUCCGGUCAGCAGGGAAGUAACCGUGGCAACCUUGGACCUCUCCGUGGUGGAGACUCCCAUCUGAUGAGUGAAAGAGAGGGAGCAAUGGAGUAGGAAGCCACGGCAUUUGGAGGGAGACCCGUCAUAUUUGUCCGGGAGGGACAAAUGGGCAUUGCUGACCUGGACGGACUGUUGGAUGGGCUGGAGUGCUGGCUCGACUUGGGGUAGAGAAUCCUCAGCUUGUUGGAGUUGAUGCCCCUCAGGAAAUACCGAGACGUUGAAGAACGUGGAGGACCUCAUCCAUAGCCGUCCCCAGUUGUGCCAGCUGGUCGUAGUGUUGGCGAAGUAGGUGUCUCUGUUCGCUGACCAUCUGGGUGGCAGUAUUCUGUAACGUUGAUGCAGUGAGUCAGGAAGCAGGUGCAGUUAGUGAGUUUAAUAUGAUUGAACAUAGAACGAUACAAAACAAGAGAAACAUCUGACAAGGAAACAUAACCAAUACUGCCUGAUAACUGAUAACAAAAGAGUGCUAUAUAAAGGGUAAGUAAUCAGGGAGUAAUGAAGUCCAGGUGUGACUGAUGAUGAGACGCAGGUGUGCGUAAAGAUGGGUUGUCAGGGCCGGUGGUUAGUAGACCGGCGACAUCGAGCGUCGGAGAGGGGGAGUGGGCAUAGGACGUGACAGUAAGGCUGUAACGUAACAAAGUGUGGAAAAAGUCAAGGGGUCUGAAUACUUUCCGAAUGCACUGUAUAUCCAGUUACUCAUUGUGUAUUUAUUCCUUGUGUAAUUAUUUUUCUAUUAUUUCUAUUUUUUUCUCUCUGCAUUGUUGGGAAGGGUCCGUAAGUAAGCUUUUCACUGUUAGUCUACACCAGUUGUUUAUGACGCAUGUGACUAAUCAGAUUUUAUUGGAUUUCAGUUUACUUUAAAAUCUAUAAAAUCUCUUCUAUUCCUCUUCAGGUUGAUAGUGCGUAGUGGUCUGCUAGCGGAGGUUCUCAGUGAUGGAGGUCUGUUGGAACUUCUGCUUGGAGAACUACGCCGGAGGGCCAAGAUACUCAGGAAGGCUAGAGGAGCAGGUACGUGUAUACAAUUGUAACAAUGAUGUUACCACAUAUAUAGAGUCUUAUAUAGAGCCUAUAGAGCCUUUCACUCUUCCUCACAGUGAUCUCUUCUCUCUCUGUCAGGUCCCCACUAUCAGUCAGCUGAAGAGGACAAUGAGAGCGCUCUUACCACCAGCAUGCUCAGAGUAGUGGCUGCCCUCACCCUACGCUCCAUCAGAAACACAGGUAAGUGUCGGAACCUGGUCUAGCGGUUGUGCAAUCAACAUUGCCCCCAAAGGCACUGGUUCGAUCCCUUGGUCCACCACUAGCCACUUUCCUCUCUGUAUUCCACUCUCAUCUGUCUCCCCUCGCUUUUAUACCUGCGUCUAUCCAAAGAAAUGCUAUGAUCUAUCAGGUACACACAUCCCGAAACUCUCUCCAUCCCUCCCCCGCUCUCUUGCUCUCUCUCUCUCUCUCCCCCUCUCUCUCUCAGUGUCAGUCCGUGACCUUGGGAUGGUUCCCUACAUAAAGAUAUUUCUAGAUGAGGAGCAGUACAGAGGACCAACCCUCAGCAUCCUGGAGCAGCUGUCAGAGAUCAACCCUGAUGAGUUUAUGUCUACGGCUAUAGGAGCUCUCUGUUCCUCUACACAACAGGAGCUGGGGCUCAAACAAGACCUGCUGCAGGUACACACACACACACAUUGAUCGCUAAUGUUUUAUGGAUUGUUGUCACAAACACAUUCUGCUAAAGCAUGAGGAGAAACGAUAGCCAACAGAAACAAGUGAGGGUCUCGACUAAACCCUAAAAAGUAAGGGUCUCGACAUGUUUAAAACAUAAUAAGGCAGUGAAUUUGUUAUCACAUCCCUCAGGAGCCUUAUUGCAUUAUAGACGAACGCAGAUUGAUUAGCUGAUACAGGUAUAGCUGUUAGCCGGGGAGCUAUUUGAUUACCCCUCCAACCCUGUGCUGUAGCUCUCUGAAGAUUAGGACCUCUAUCACAUCAGAGAAUGGCUGAUAAACCUGAUUAGGUCUAAGUGAGUUAGCGACUUACUGUACGUGUCCAUUUUUAUAGAUCAGAAAGAGAGGGGUACUAACUCGCAGACUAUAUAUAUACAGUUGAAGUCGGAAGUCUACAUACACCUUAGCCAAAUACAUUUAAACUCUGUUUUUCACAAAUCCUGACAUUUAAUCCUAGUAAAAAUUCCCUGUUUUAGGUCAGUUAGGAUCACCACUUUAUUUUAAGAAUGUGAAAUGUCAGAAUAAUAGUAGAGAUAAUGAUUUAGUUCAGCUGUUAUUUCUUUCAUCACAUUCCCAGUGGGUCAGAAGUUUACAUACACUCAAUUAGUAUUUGGUAGCAUUGCAUUUAAAUUGUUUAACUUGGGUCAAACGUUUCAGGUACUUCCCACAAUAAGUUGGGUGAAUUUUGGCCCAUUCCUCCUGACAGAGCUGGUGUAACGGAGUCAGGUUUGUAGGCCUCCUUGCUCGCACACGCUUUUUCAGUUCUGCCCACAAAUUUUCAAUAGGAUUGAGGUCAGGGCUUUGUGAUGGCCACUCCAAUACCUUGACUUUGUUGUCCUUAAGCCAUUUUGCCACAACUUUGGAAGUAUGAUUGGGGUCAUUGUCCAUUUGGAAGACCCAUUUGCGACCAAGCUUUAACUUCCUGACUGAUGUCUUGAGAUGUUGCUUCAAUAUAUCCACAUCAUUUUCCUUCCUCAUGAUGCCAUCUAUUUUGUGAAUUGCACCAGUCCCUCCUGCAGCAAAGCACCCCCACAGCAUGAUGCUGCCACCCCCGCGCUUCACGGUUGGGAUGGUGUUCUUCGGCUUGCAAGCCUUCCCCUUUUUCCUCCAAACAUAACGAUGGUCAUUAUUGCCAAACAGUUCUAUUUUUGUUUCAUCAGACCAGAGGACAUUUCUCCAAAAAGUAAGAUCUUUGUCCCCAUGUGCAGUUGCAAACCGUAGUCUGGCUUUUUAUGGCGGUUUUGGAGCAAUGGCUUCUUCCUUGCUGAGUGGCCUUUCAGGUUAUGUCGAUAUAGGACUCGUUUUACUGUGGAUAUAGAUACUUUUGUACCUGUUUCCUCCAGCAUCUUCACAAGGUCCUUUGCUGUUGUCAUGGGAUUGAUUUGCACUUUUCACACCAAAGUAUGUUCAUCUUUAGGAGACAGAAGGUGUCUCCUUCCUGAGCGGUAUGAUGGCUGCGUGGUCCCAUGGUGUUUAUACUUGCGUACAAUGAACCAGACUUGUGGAGGUCUACAAUUGUUUUUCUGAGGUCUUGGUCGAUUUGUUUUGAUUUUCCCAUGAUGUCAAGCAAAGAGGCACUGAGUUUGAAGGUAGGCCUUGAAAUACAUCCACAGGUACACCUCCAAUUGACUCAAAUGAUGUCAAUUAGCCUAUCAGAAGCUUCUAAAGCCAUGACAUCAUUUUCUGGAAUUUUCAAAGCUGUUUAAAGGCACAGUCAACUUAGUGUAUGUAAACUUCUGACCCGCUGGAAUUGUGAUACAGUGAAUUAUAAGUUAAAUAAUUUGUCUGUAAACAAUUGUUAGAAAAAUUACUUGUGUCAUGCACAAAGUAGAUGUCCUAACCGACUUGCCAAAACUAUAGUUUGUUAACAAGUUUAUCAACUGUAUAUGUGUGUGUGUGGUGGGGGGUUUGGUGUGUGUGCGAGUGUGUAUAUUUGUAUACGAGUGUGUGUGUGUCUGUGUGUGUGAGCACGAGAGUGUGUGUGCGAGUGUGUCUAUGUGUGUUAACUUGGUUAAAGCAGGUGGCAAUCAGAUUCAGUGUGACCUGGUUUGGUGUGUGGUGAGAGCCAUUGUGAUUACUCUAGUUCUUGUUAAUCACAUUUCUCCCUGCGUUCUGCCACACACAUUACCUACCUGAUGGAUUAGACCACUAAAUUAGAUUAAACUAAUCACAUUUAGGUUAGUCCUCAACAACGGUUACCCCAAAUAAUUUAUGAUUUUGUUAUUUAUUUAUGUUGGGACUAUUUUUCAUCCCUUCAUGACCUGUUUGUUUUAAUUGACUGAACAGAACAACGAUAGGCAAUUGAAUGCAUGAUACUUUAUUACUCAAACUGUUUAUACAGUGACUCUGUACCGGUACCCCCUGUAUAUAGCCUCACGACUGUUAUUUUACUCUUUAAUUAUUUGUUAUUUCUUUUUAUUUGUUUAUUUUUUACUAAUCUAUUUUUUACUUAACACUUAUUUUUCUUAAAACUGCGUUGUUGGUUAAGGGAUUGUAAGUAAGCAUUUCACUGUAAGGUCUACACCUGUUGUAUUCGGCGCAUGUGACAAAUACACUUUGAUUUGAUUUAGUGAAAGUCUACACACCCCUUGCACAGUUUUCACAUUUUGCUACCUUAAAAAUAAAUCUAAAAAGGGAUCCCCCCCAAAAAAUGAUGUCUUGAUUGCGUGUCCUCACACCCCAUAGUUUAUACUUGGUGGAAGCACAUUUGGCAGCAAAUACAAUGACUCUCCAAGAGGUGUUGAGUGUUCCUGAGUGGUCUAGUCUCAGUCCUUACUUGAGUCUGCUUGAAAAUCAAAGACAAGGUUUGAAAAUUACUGUCCAUCAAUGAUUCCCAAAUAAAUUUACUGAGCUUGAGUAAUUUUUGACAAAAACAAUUAAUAUAUGUUGGCCUAAGAGUUGUGCAAAGUUGGUAGAAUCUUAUUCAAAAUGAUUCACAGCUGUAGUUGCUGCCAAAGGUGCUUCCACUAAGUAUUAACUCUGGGGUGUGAAUGUAACAGAGUUAAGAAUGUACCCGUAAGCUCACUCCGCAGCUAGCUGUGCAAGGGGUGUGUAGACUUUCACUAAGCAUUGUACAUAUCUAGCCGUUGGUCACCGAUGCCUCUGUGACUACAUGCUCCCAAACCUCAUACAUCUCAAACAUCUCAAAGAGAAUAAUGUGUGUGAACUGAAUAGUUUGGUCCAGGCUAUUCUGUUUGUGCUGUCCUGUAAAGGGUUAAUUCUGUAUUGGUCAAGUUGAAGGACCUCGAUCUAUGACUGUUAUCUUGCCAUAUUAUCUUCUCAGUAAAUGUGUUAACCGGACUUUCUCAAUCUGCCUCAUCCAUAGAACUGUAUAAUGUAACAUCCUCUACCUUGUUUGUUAGAUAGUCAGAGAGGACUAAAGCACAAAUGGAGCCAGACGUGUGUGUGUAAAUCUUCUGUAACUGAACUCUCGCUUUCCUCUGUUCUCCAGUCAGUUCUGAAGGUUCUGGAGAGCCCUAACAGUUGGGGGGCGUUUCGACGUGCGGGGGGCUUCACCGGCCUGCUGUCCCUGGUGGUGGACAUGGAGGGGGCUCUGGGUGACCCCCCUCAGGGUGGGUGUGGGGUGUGGGGUGCCAUAGGGCAGCAGGGGAUACUAGACCUCCUCUUCCUCACCCUACACACCCUCGCCCUGGCUGUCCACGUACACCCUGUCAACUCACACCAGUUCCAGGUAUGUCAUUCAUUCAAAUGAGGUGUCCAAUAACCUCGUAAGCCAAAGGAUGGGUUCUAUAAAUGUGACGAGACAUGAAAAUAAUUCAUUAAUUCGUUCCAGGUUGAAGGGUUCUACGAGAGGCUGGCUGAAGCCUUACUACAGCUGGGUUGUUUCCAGACUGACGGCCAGGAGGCGACAGAGGGGAUGGAGGGCCACGCUGGGGGUAUGAUGAGUAGGGGCCUGGGCCAGAGAGGGGGUCAGAGAAGAACGGAAGACCAUCAUUUCCUUGGGAGGAACUUCCACCAGUUUUUGGAGCUGUCUGAGACCCCAGCGCACACCUCCCUCUCUUCCACCUCCAAGCCACCCCUGCCUCGCCCUUUACAGACCUGUAUCAAGCUCCUCUCCUACCUGGACCAGUUUGCUACAGGGACCUUCGCUGCUCUUGAGAAGACAGCAGGACAUGUGGGAGAGAAGAGAGAGGAGGGGGGAGAGGGGGAGACCCAGUGGGGUGGUGAUGGAGGAGGAGAGAGGCUGCAGACUGUGUCACCAACCCCACCGACUUCACAGACUCCAGAGGAGGAGCUACAGGGGGGAUCCAGACCUGCAGCCCACAGCGUCUCCGUUGUCUGCUCUGAGACUAACUACAGGUGGAACAGUUGUUUCUUGUUUUUUUUCUUGAUUUUUUAUUUAACCUUUAUUUAACCAGGUAAGCCAGUUGAGAACAAGUUCUAAUUUACAACUGCGACCUGGCCAAGAUAAAGCAAAGCAGUGCGAUAAAAACAACAACCCAGAGUUACAUAUGGAAUAAACAAAACAUACAGUCAAUAACACAAUAGAAAAUCUAUAUACAGUGUGUGCAAAUGUAGUAAGUUAUGGAGGUAAGGCAAUAAAUAGGCCAUAGUGCAAAAUAAUUACAAUUUAUUAUUAACACUGGAGUGAUAGAUGUGCAGAAGAUGAUGUGCAAAUAGAGAUACUGGGGUGCAAAUGAGCAAAAUAAAUACAUGUAAAUAACAAUAUGGGGAUGAGAUAGUUGGGUGGGCUAAUUACAGAUGGGCUGUGUACAGGUGCAGUGAUCGGUAAGCUGCUCUGACAACUGAUGCUUAAAGUUAGUGAGGGAGAUAAGUGUCUCCAGCUUCAGAGAUUUUUGCAGUUCGAUCCAGUCAUUUGCAGCAGAGAACUGGAAGGAAUGGCGGCCAAAGGAGGUGUUGGCUUUGGGGAUGACCAGUGAGAUAAACCUGCUGGAACGCAUACUACGGGUGGGUGUUGCUAUGGUGAUCAAUGAUCUAAGAUAAGGCGGGGAUUUGCCAAGAAGUGAUUUAUAGAUGACCUGGAGCCAGUGGGUUUGGCGACGAAUAUGUAGUGAGGGCCAGCCAACGAGAGCGUACAGGUCACAAUGGUGGGUAGUAUAUGGGGCUUUGGUGACAAAACGGAUAGCACUGUGAUAGACUACAUCCAAUUUGCUGAGUAGAGUGUUGGAAGCUAUUUUGUAAAUGACAUCGCCGAAGUCAAGGAUCGGUAGGAUAGUCAGUUUUACGAGGGCAUGUUUAGCAGCAUGAGUGAAGGAGGCUUUGUUGCGAAAUAGGAAGCCGAUUCUAGAUUUAACUUUAAGUUUACGGUCUAACCAGACACCUAGGUAUUUGUAGAUGUCCACAUAUUCUAAGUCAGACCCGCCGAGAGUAGUGAUUCUAGUCGGCCGGGCGGGUGCAAGCAGCGUUCGAUUGAAGAGCAUGAAUUUAGUUUUACUAGCAUUUAAGAGCAGUUGGAGGCCACGGAAGGAGUGUUGUAUGGCAAUGAAGCUCGUUUGGAGGUUUGUUAAAACAGUGUCCAAUGAAGGGCCAGAUGUAUACAAAAUGGUGUCGUCUGCGUAGAGGUGGAUCUGAGAGUCACCAGCAGCAAGAGCGACAUAAUUGAUACACACAGAGAAUAGAGUCGGCCCGAGAAUUGAACCCUGUGGCACCCCCAUAUAGACUGCCAGAGGUCCAGACAACAGGCCCUCCAAUUUGACACAUUGAAUUCUAUCUGAGAAGUAGUUGGUGAACCAUGCGAGGCAGUCAUUUGAGAAACCAAGGCUAUUUAGUCUGCCAAUAAGAAUGCGGUGAUUGACAGAGUGUCACGAGAAUUUUGUUAUCUCAAUGGUUGAAGUCAACUACUUCUUAAAUUUUUGAAUAAUUCGCAAAAGGUUGUAAAUCUCUUAGUUUGAAUAUAUUAAACAAAGACCCAAUACUGCAAUGGUCAGCAUGUUUAUUCAUUGAGAGCGCUCUGCAACAAAAUGGUCGUACAAUCUUUUUAUACGCACACGUCAGAGGAAAAAUCCCACCCCGCUGUAGGCGGGCUGUAUUUUUCCACUGUACGCAUCUUGUAAGCUCACGUGAUUUUCCUCUGCUCUCCUGACCAUCAGGUCACACAUACACACAUACACACACACACACACACACACACAUUCUUAUCAUAGUCUACUCCUUGCUCGGGUAGGCUGAGUUAUCGCCGUCCUCACAAUAUCCUGCAAGCCUUUUUUCACUCCCCUUUCCCUGUGUGUUUUGGGAACCAGUCUCCUGUUAUUGGUUUCAAUCGUUUUGCACUUCUGCUUGCCUAAUUACAAGACACAAAUACUCUGUUGCUGUGAUAUAAACACAUUUGAUUAACUCUCUAAGCUCUAGUCUACUAAUUAGUCAUACAUUAUUAGUUUAACUGAGGGUGUGACAUUUUAGUCAUAUCUUACUCACACAUUUCUUUAUCACAGAGUCAAAAGCCUUGGCCAGGUCGAUGAAGACGGCUGCACAGUACUGUCUUUUAUCAAUCGCGGUUAUUAUAUCGUUUAGGACCUUGAGCGUGGCUGAGGUGCACCCAUGACCAGCUCGGAAACCAGAUUACAUAGCGGAGAAGGUACGGUGGGAUUCGAAAUGGUCGGUGAUCUGUUUGUUAACUUGGCUUUCAAAUACUUUCGAAAGGCAGGGCAGGAUGGAUAUAUGUCUGUAACAGUUUGGAUCUAGAGUGUCACCCCCUUUGAAGAGGGGGAUGACCGCGGCAGCUUUCCAAUCUCUGGGGAUAUCAGACGAUACGAAAGAGAGGUUGAACAGGCUAGUAAUAGGGGUUGCAACAAUUUUGGUGGCUAAUUUAAGAAAGAAAGGGUCCAGAUUGUCUAGCCCAGCUGAUUUGUAGGGGUCCAGAUUUAGCAGCUCUUUCAGGAUAUCAGCUAUCUGAAUUUGGGUGAAGGAGAAGCGGGGAGGGCAUGGGCAAGUUGCAGCAGAGGGUGCAGAGCUGGUGGCCGGGGUAGGGGUAGCCAGGUGGAAAGCAUGGCCAACCGUAGCAAAAUGCUUAUUGAAAUUCUCGAUUAUCGUAGAUUUAAUCGGUGGUGACAGUGUUUCCUAGCCUCAGUGCAGUGGGUAACUGGGAGGAGGUGCACUUAUUCUCCAUGGACUUUAUAGUGUCCCAAAACCUUUUGGAGUUAGUGCUACAGGAUGCACAUUUCUGUUUGAAAAAGCUAGCCUUUGCUUUCCUAACUGAUUGUGUAUAUUGGUUCCUGACUUCCCUGAAAAGUUGCAUAUCGCAGGGCUGUUCGAUGCUAAUGCAGUACGCCACAGGAUGUUUUUGUGCUGGUCAAGGGCAGUCAAGUAUGAGGAGAACCAGGGGCUAUAUCUGUUCUUAGUUCUGAAUUUUUUGAAUGGGGCAUGCUUAUUUAAGAUGGAGAGGAAAGCACUUUUGGAGAACAUCCAGGCAUCCUCUACUGACGGAAUGAAAUCAAUAUCCAUCCAGGAUACCCGGGCCAGGUCAAUUAGAAAGGCCUGCUCGCUGAAGUGUUUUAGGGAGCGUUUGACAGUGAUGAGGGGUGGUCGUUUGACCGCGGCCCCUUUACGGACGCAGGCAAUGAGGCAGUGAUCGCUGACAUCCUUGUUGAAGAAAGCGGAGGUGUAUUUAGAGGGUAAAUUAGUCAGGAUGAUAUCUAUGAGGGUGCCCAUGUUUAUGGAUAUAGGGUUGUACCUGGUAGGUUCCUUGAUAAUUUGUGUGAGAUUGAGGGCAUCUAGUUUAGAUUGUAGGACGGCCGGGGUGUUAAGCAUAUCCCAGUUUAGGUCACCAAGCAGUACGAACUCUGGGGAUAGAUGGGGGGCAAGCAAUUCACAUAUGGUGUCCAGGGCACAACUGGGGGCUGAGGGGGGUCUGUAGCAAGCGGCAACAGUGAGAGACUUAUUUCUGGAAAGGUGGAUUUUUAGAAGUAGAAGCUCAAACUGUUUGGGCACAGACCUGGAUAGUACGAUAGAGCUCUGCAGGCUAUCUCUACAGUAGAUUGCAACUCGACCCCCUUUGGCAGUUCUAUCUAGACGGAAAAUGUUGUAGUUCGGGAUGGACAUUUCUGCAUUUUUGGUGGCCUUCCUAUACCAAGAUUCAGACACUGCUAGAACAAGUAUUCAGACCCCUUGAUUUUGUCCACAUUGUUAUGUUACAGCCUUAUUCUAAAAUGGAAUACAUUCAAAUAAAUCCUAAUCAAUCUACACACAAUACCCCAUAAUGACAUUGCAAAAAUAGGUUUUUAUAUUUUUUUGCAAAUUUAUUAAAAUAACAACAUAAUAAAACACCUUAUUUACAUAAGUAUUCAGACCCUUUGCUAUGAGACUCAAAAUUGAGCUCAGGUGCAUCCUGUUUCCAUUGAUCAUCCUUGAGAUGUUUCUACAACUUGAUUGGAGUCCACCUGUGGUAAAUUCAAUUGAUUGGACAUGAUUUGGAAAGGCACACACCUGUCUUUAUAAGGUCCCAAAGUUGACAGUGCAUGUCAGAGCAGAAACCAAGCUAUGAGGUCGAAGGGAUUGUCCGUAGAGCUCCGAGACAGGAUUGUGUCGGGGCACAGAUCUGGGGAAGGGUACCAAAAAAUGUCUGCAGCAUUGAAGGUCCCCAAGAACACAGUGGUCUCCAUCAUUCUUAAAUGGAAGAAAUUUGGAACAACUGAGACUCUUCCUACAGCUGGCCGCCCGGCCAAGCUGAGCAAUCAGGGGAGAAGGGCCUUGGUCAGGGAGGUGACCAAGAACCCGAUGGUCACUCUGACAGAGCUCCAGAGUUCCUCUGUGGAGAUGGGAGAACCUUCCAGAAGGACAACCAUCUGCAGCAGUCCACCAAUCAGGCCUUUAUGGUGGAGUGGCCAGACGGAAGCCACUCCUCAGUAAAAGGCACAUGACAGCCCGCUUGGAGUUUGCCAAAAGGCACCUAAAGGACUCUCAGACCAUGAGAAACAAGAUUCUCUGGUCUGAUGAAACCAAGAUUGAACUCUUUGGCCUAAAUGCCAAACGUUACGUCUGGAGGAAACUUGGCACCAUCCCUACGGCAAAACAUGAUAGUGGCAGCAUCAUGCUGUGGGGAUGUUUUUCAGCAGCAGGGACUGGGAGACUAGUCAGAAUUGAGGUAAAGAUGAACGUAGCAAAGUACAGAGAGAUCCUUGAUGAAAACCUGCUCCAGAUCGCUCAGGACCUCAGACUGGGGCGAACGUUCACCUCCCAACAGGACAAUGACCUUAAGCACACAGCCAAGACAACGCAGGAGUGGCUUUGGGACAAGUCUCUUAAUGUCCUUGAGUGGCCCAGCCAGAGCCCGGAUUUGAACCCGAUCUAACAUCUCUGGAGAGGCCUGAAAGUAGCUGUGUAGCGACGCACCCCAUCGAACCUUAAAGAGCUUGAGAGGAUCUGCAGAGAAGAAUGGGAUAAACUCCCCAAAUACAGAUGUGCCAAGCUUGUAGUGUCAAACCCAAGAAGACUCGAGUCUGUAAUCGCUGCCAAAGGUGCUUCAACAAAGUACUGAGUAAAUGGUCUGAAUACUUAUGUCAAUGUGAUAUUUAAGUUUUUUAAUUUUUUAUAAAUGUGCUAACAUUUCUCAAAACCUGUUUUUGCUUGCUCAUUAUGGGGUAAGUGUGUAGAUUGAUGAAGGGAAAAAAAGUAUUUUUCUAUAAAUUUUGAAAUAAGGCUGUAACGUAACAAAAUGUGGAAAAGGUCAAGGGGGCUGAAUACUUUCCGAAUGCACUGUAUAUUCCAGAUUGUUGCAUGAGUGUUAAUUUCUCUCGUAUCCAAUGUACCAGAGGCCAAGCCAGACUGCUUCAUAUUAUAGUCAUGUUAUAACUAUGUGAUACUAUGUAUCUGUAUGUUUAUGGGUCCAGGUUUACCUCUGACCAGACCAUACUGCAUCCUGGAGCCAUCAGGGUCAUCAUGACUCUCCUGCCUCAUGUCUUUACUGCAGAGGAUCCACAGGUAACCUAUCAGCAGACCGACUACACUGCUCUGUCAUAUGUAGGAAUCGAUUCAGUAAUCAAUCAAUUCAGGAAUCAACUCAGUUCAGUUAGACUUAAUUCACGCUGUAUUGUUCUUUCAUAUUAUGCAGAAAUUAAUUAAUUGUAAUUCAACUCAGUUCAGUUCAAUUGGAUUAGUCAUAGCUCCUAUCUUCUAAGACUGCUUUGCUGUCAUAUGCAGGAAUCAUCUAAUUUGAAUUUGACUCAAUUUGGUUCAGUUCAAUUCUUCAUUACUCCUCCUCUCUCCCAGCUGUCAGUGGAGGUCCAGUACUCAGUAGCCCACCACCUCCAGGUGAUGGUAAAGUCAGAGAAGAACCGGCAGAUUGUCUGCGAGGGGGGUUUGGUGUCCACUCUACUAACCCACUGUCGAAGCACCCUGCUCAGGCCGGACCACCCACUACACCUGCCUGACACACGCAUCUUGGAGAAAAUCUCCUCACACUCCAUCUCACACAUAGACCUCAGGUCAGCUGCUUUUCGUAGCACCAAGCUUGGGUGUGUUAAUUAGGCACCAAAUGGCAGAAAAUUGACUGAAACGGGGAGGGACUAUCUUGACACACAUUUCCUUUUCUGAUGCAAGACGUUUUAAAACAUUGUCCCUGUGUUGAUCUCACUACCCACCGUUGAGGAAUCUUUUUUGUAUUUUAAAAGGUUAGUUCACCCCAAAAUCAAAGCUUGAUGAAUGUUAUCUAACCUGUUAUUUCGUUCUUCUACAGGCGUUUCCUGUGUCUUAGUGAUCCUCUGAUGUGCCAAGCUAACAAAAUUGCUGCCACCUCUGCUCCAGAAUCCAACCCACAAUGCACCCUUUCUCUCUCCAAGGGUAAAGAUACAGAACUUUUAUCUGAUUUUAACCAUUUAAUUUGAGUCCAGCACUAGCACUGUUGAUUCAACUAAUAACGGCAUGAUGAUUAGAUUACCAUUUGAAUCAGCUGUUCUAGUUCUAGAAUGCAUCAAAGAAGUGGACUGGCUAGGGGUACUCGAAGAGAGGUUUGGGAAACACUGGUCUAGCGAAAGCAGACAGCAUUUGAAAUGUUGCACAUCUGUGUUCCAAAAAGUGUAGCUUUUAACUAUAGGCCUAUACUGUAUGUAGUCCUUACAUGUAAUUCUGUAAUUACUAAUGAAAUAAACAUGGUUGUAAUAAUAAUAUAAUAAAUAAUAUGCCAUUUAGCAGACGCUUUUAUCCAAAGCGACUUACAGUCAUGCGUGCAUACAUUUUUGUGUAUGGGUGGUCCCGGGGAUCGAACCCACUAUCUUGGCGUUACAAGCGCCGUGCUCUACCAGCUGAGCUACAGAGGUAAUCGUAUAAUUAAUCUAAUUCUGCAGGCCAAAGCCCAGAGGAGGCAGACAGCUCUACAGACAGUGAGACCACCACUCGCUCCAUCAUGAAGACAUUUAAACGCUCUUUUAGCCUGCUUAGCUCCUUGCCUCCUAUUGACUCUCCUGUCGGCCAGCCCCUCCCCCUGCACCAAAUCAUUAGCCUGGUCUCCAUGACGUCACCAAGGAGCUUCCGACCGCACCGAGUCUCCACCUCUCCGGCCUUUGUGGAGUUUGAUAUGAGUGAGAGCGGCUAUGGGUGAGUCCACUGUACUGGGUAGAUUAGAAGUGGGAUGGGUUCUGGUAGGUUUCCAUAGGAUUCCAAUGAUUCAUUUGCCUGAUCCCAGAUCUGUUUGUGCUGUCUUGCCAACUUCUAUGGUCAUUGUCAUAUGAAAUGUCAUGUUGCACACCGUUAAUUUGACAUUGACGUGUGUCUCUGUGUGUGUGUGCAUGUCUGUCUGUGUGUGUGUGUGUGCUUUUAGCUGUCUGUUUCUACCAUCCCUGGCUACAGUGAAAGGUGUCAAUGCUGACUCCAUCCCAACAGGGGGAAUAGGAGGAGGUAAGACAGGAGGGGAGGGAGUUCACCUAGUACUGGAUCAACUACCUUUUACUUUUAACAACUGUAUGUUUAACUAUUUUACUUGUUUGCUUGGAUUUGCUUUGAAAAUGCUGUAUGACCUAUGUUUACUUUAUCUCUGCUUGUCCCCUCUCCUCUCUCCUCCUCCUCUUCCAUUCAACCAGACUGUCGUGGUUUCCCUCCGGCAGCAGGCCUGACAUAUUCCUGCUGGUUCCUGAUCAGCAGGUUCAGUUCGGCCUGUGAUUCUCACCCGCUCCGGCUGCUAUCUGUAGUGCGCCAUAUGUCCCGUGCAGAACAGCAGUACGUCUGUCUGUCUGUCUCCAUCUCAGCCAGCGAUGGAUGUUUGGUCAUCUCCACCGAGGAGGAGCCAUUCACAUUCCUGGGUAAAGACAUGCUAAAGGGACAUUGGAAUAACCUAAACCUGUGCUGUAAUGCUUUCUUUGGCACAAUAUGCUAUUUACUCAAAAAUACACCAAUCUCAAAUCAACCUCUAGAUCAGGGGUGUCAAACUCAUUCCAUGGAGGGCCUAGUGUGUGCUGGUUUUUGGUGUUUCCUUUCAAUUAAGACCCAUACAACCAGGUGAGGGGAGUUCCUUACUAAUCAGUGACAAUUCAUCAAUCAAGUCCAAGGGAGGAGCAGAAACCCGCAGACACUCAGCCCUCCAUGGAAUGAAUUUAACACGUGCUCUAGAACAAUGUUCCCGCUAAGAUGCGCGCGUGCAAGCACUUCAAGGGCUACCACUCAGAAGAAAUGCCAUGCCGCGCAGAACCAUUAGUUUGCACUAUAUAGAUAAAUGUUUUUUCUGUGAUCGAAUCAACGUUAUAUCAACUGCUUUUCAAUGCAACAAACCAAAACAAAUCUAACUUUGCAAGAUUGAGUCUGAUUUUGUUUUAGGCAGAGCCAGAGCGCAACGGAGUAGAAUUGUAUUGGCUGGGGUAGCCCACUAGCGGUCUUUCAAUCAUGCUUUUCAGAUCAGUUCAGAUCAGAGCUGCGCAUCUGUGCAUUUGUUGAUAUUCUUUGCUAGUUAGCGAGUUAUUAGCCCAGUUUUAUAGAUCAGCAAUGGGGAAUUACUGUUUCCUAAAAGAGCACAAAACGUGUAGGCUACAUUUCAAAAUAUGUGAAUAAGCCAAUAGGCAGAUGGGUAGCCUACAUUGUCUAGUUCUUUGUAUGGUUAUAAUAAUUAAUUGUAUUUUGUAAAGUGGUUUCUUGCAUCAUACAACCCAAUACAAUGCAAUUUACAGUCACCUAUUUGGCCCAUGGUGUUACAGACCAAGUAAAAAGUCAUUAAUUAAUGUCAAGCCCUUCAUAAUGUAAAAAAGUUUGUAAAAGUCUCAUGCAAUGUAGGCCUGCAUUGAACACCACACUCACUAACUGUAAGUUGCUCUGGAUAAGAGCGUCUGCUAAAUGACUAAAAUGUAAAAAAAUAUGUGACCAACCGCCUCGAUUCAGUCUAAUGUAGCACCUUUUUUUUUUUUUACAUUGGAUAAAAGUAGAGACUCAGAGCUAGAAAAUUGUAUAUCAUACACUGCAGUUGAGGAACAAUGGGAAAGUAAUUCUGCUUUGAAAGUUGAUAAACUUGUAACCCCACUUUUGAGAAAAUGGCCCUUGAACGUUUGGUACACCUACUGGAGAGCACUUCUUUGUCUACACCCAUUCAGCAUCAUUCACACCCUCUUAAGCCUUAGCCCCAAACAUCUCUUUAAGGAUUUACAUGAGGCCAUGUGGUAAACACACGCUAUAUCAAAUACAAUUUAAGUUUAUUUGUCACAUGCACAGGAUACAGAAGGUGUAAACGGUACGGUGAAGUGGUUACUUGCAUAGUAGCAAUAUCAAAAACAGAAAGUUUCCAGAUAAAAAUAGUUUAUAAAUAGUUUAUCAUUAUUAGAUGACGCUUACCCGACACACUUGUUUAAGUUGAUGGGUCAUGUGAAGGAAAUGCUAUAACCACCCCCAGCCGCAUCUAGCUAAGUGGAUGGGUCACUAUUGUCUAGACAUGUACACAUGUUCAUGAAAUACAAUAGAUGGCCGUAAUCACCCCCAGACACACCUGGCUAAUUUGACGGGUCAUGUAAUAAUCUGGCCGAAGUGGAGUCUUUUGUUUAGACAUGUAGCUAGCUAGCUAAACAAUGAACCGGCACAAUCCCAACUCAUACUACUACCAAUACAAACAUUGUCAUAGCUGUAGUAUGAAUCUUCAGGUAGCUAAAGCUAACAAACUAGGUUCAAUGUUAGCUAGCUAACAUUAGGCUAUAACUAGCAAUGCAAAUGGUUUUCUGAUUAGAAUAAUAUUACUACACAGAUCAUACACUUAACGUUAGCUAUGGUGCGUUAGAAAGGACUGUCAACACAUACUGAACAGCUCACGUUAUAGACCAAAGCAUCCUAUAUGGCAGACCAACCUAAACUCAUCUCCCGGCAAGUCCAGCCCAUUCAUUGUCUCAGCCAAUCAUGGCUAGUGGGAAGGUUCCUGUUUUUUUUCCGUGGCUAAACCAACUAGGCUCGUAAUGUAACAAUUGUAUUCAUAUUUAUGGAUGGAAUACAAGUUUGUUAUUAAGGCACAUGAAAGUUCACAUAUUCCAGAAGGUAUUUCUGCCAAAAAACACAUUUUGAUAAAAAAUAAAUGUUUACGUUCAAAUGCAGCUCCUGUGAAGUAGUGAUGUGCGACAUACGCCUAGUUUCCUGAAACUAGUCACAUAUAGGCUACUGUAGGCUAUAUUAUAGAAAUCAAAAGCUAUUUCCAUGUGAGAAUGUUAUGGGAUUUGCUCCAUUGGUUUUGUUGGUAGAACUCCAUUAUGUUCAAAUAGCCACAAUAGCCUAUUGGCUACUGUCUAAAACUGUAAGGGUACAGCCUCAGUGUUCACUGUAAACGCACGCCGGAAGUUGCACAAAAUUCUCACAAUGUUCAAGUUUCCGCUCACAAGACCUAAAAUUUGCUCAGUGCCCCAAAAAGUUUGAGGGAACAUUGCUCUAGACCCUACGCCAGGGUUAUUCAGCAUGUAGAUCGCAAGCUACCAGUAGCUCACAGUCCACGUAUGAGUAGCUCGCAAUCAAUUCUGAAAGUACAUGCAUUUUUCCAUCACAAACUGUCAUAAACAUAAAGCUCCCGGCUACUGUCCAAUCAAAGCCACAUUAACAUUUUCCGACCCUGGUUAGCUACUAUUGGCUUAAUAUCUGCCAAUAUCUGCCAAUUAAUUUCCAGCAGUAUUGCCCCUCUGUGUCUGUUUGGUGCGCGAGUUUGUCUAUCAUUCCAUAUGCAGCCAGUUAGCGAUGCUAAUGAUAACGUCUUGUGGGUAGAGUAGACAGAAAGACUUUUCCCAAAAACCUUCUCAGUUAAAUGUUAACUACAAAGUAGGCUUACCUGACAGAACUAUAAAUCAUUAUUCUUUGUUUCAAUUGGGUGGCCAUUGUUUUGCUAACUCUGCCAUGACAUGCGCUGCAGCAGUAGGCCUAACAGCAGAAACAUCUCUAGACCGGCACAUUCCUCUCUUGCUAGAUGUGCAAUUAAGGGGGAAUUAUACACUUUUUACAGACCUAAUAAAUGUCUUCUGAUGUGAUUUAAGCAUUGACAUGGACUCAGAACAUCAAUUUUCGUUGUUUCUUUAUGAAUAUUUGUAAUAUUAAAAAAUCCCAAAACAGGAAAAAUCCAACAGAGAAAAGAUAAUUUGGGAAAAUACCAAAUAUAAUUUUAUGGGGCCUGUCAUGCCAAGUAAUGUUUAUCAACCAUAAUUUUUCCAGGUAUAUUGACAGAAAGCACAUCUCUUGUACACCAAGGACCCAGGGAUGAGUUGCAGGUUAGAGGAGAAGAGAACAAUGUGCCUAUUGGAAAGUGAUAAAAUUGGUAGCUCGCAACAUUUUUUAAAAGUAGCUCUCAUGCUAGAAAAGGUUGGAGACCCCUGCCCUACGCCCUAUGCACUUGGAAAUGUGAAAGGAUUUGAUUGUUAUAAACAUUAUGAUACAACUUCCUCCUAUUUUAUGACAAGGCAAGGAAGAGAGAUUACCAUUAUUACUUACAUCUGUCAAAUCCUCUCAGAUAUCCACAAGUGGUCUAGGGGUCAAUUUGGGAUUGGGUCUACGAUUGCUCUGAAUGACCUAAUUUUAGAAAGAUUUAGCAAAAGGUGGAUUUUUGUCAUUUUAGUUGAUUACUCUUUGAUCUGGACUGCAACUCCUUCUGUGAUUGAUUGAUUGCUGUAUUGAUUGAUUGAUGUAUUGAUUGCCAGAUAUGAUGGAGCCAGAGGUGCGGACCCCCAGCCCCCUGCCAGGCUCUCUGAGGUUCAAAUGCUCCAGUCAGCUGACCCCAGGUCAGUGGCACCAUCUGGCCGUUGUCAUGGCGAAGGACGUGAAGAAGAGCUGCAAGGUCAUGGCCCACCUCAAUGGGAAACUGGUGGGAGCAGCAAAGGUACUGGAGCAGGAGAGAGUGAAUUCAUCCAUUUUACAUUAAAAGAUGAUCGUAGCUCAUGUCAUUGGUUGAAGCACUGUCUACUCCCUUACUCACUCUGUGCUGUAAAAAUUCAGAGAACUCUCUAUGUGUUCUGAUUUGCUGUCAGAUGCUGUACAUCCAACCGUUCCCGGGUCAGUACGUCUCCAUGGAACCCACAGCGGUGAUUGACGUGUGUGCCUUCAUUGGAACGCCGUCUCUAUGGAAACAGCACGCUUCGUUGGUGUGGCGCGUUGGGCCCAUCUACCUGUUUGAGGAAGUGCUGAGUCCAGGGGCUGUAGCGGUAAUCUACAACCAGGGAACUGCCUACCUGGGAAACUACCUGGCUCUACGCAACACAGGUGUUUGUCUGAUCAUUACCUGGGCCAUGGACUCAAGACCAUGUAGUCAAUUUACUUAAAGCUUGCAGAUACUGUAUAAUGCAUUAUUUUUCUUAACUUUAGCAUCUACGACCCCUUCUAAUGUAUCAGAAUCAUCUCAUGAUGACCUUGACUAUAUGCCAGCCAUUUUGAGUCAGUUGUGUUACCAGAAACACAGAAACAUAUUUGAGUCAGUUGUGUUACCAAUGUCAGUUUGACCAGAAUUUGUGUCUCACAAUGUAGUUCUGUAAUUCUAUGUGUUCCUCCAGGCUCUGGCACAGACCCCCUCCCUUUCAGGCUGGUACCGGAGGAGAGGAUCUCAUUUGGCAUCAACCCGGCUGUAGCAACUUUAACCACGGUAGCAGAGAUACGAGAAAGCUACAACGAGGUGGACUGCCGUCUCAUCGCCAAA